AUGAAAGUCCAUUAUAUUAAUAUUUUAUUAUUAAAAUUUUUACUAAAUAUAUUGACUCAUAAUCGAAGGAACCAUAAAAGCCAUAUACCACAUAAAGCAAAAAUACAUAAAAUAUUAUGCGAAUAUGAUAUAUAUACGUCCAUUUAUGAUAAUGAACCAGAAAUGAAAUCAUUGAUGGAAAACUUUGAUAGACAAACGUCCGAACGAUUUCGUGAAUAUGACCAACGGAUACAACAAAAUCGUAUGAAGUGUACAGAACAGUGCGAUAAAGAUAUACAAAACAUUAUAUUAAAAGAUAAAAUCGAAAAGGAAUUAAAGGACACAUUUGGCGCACUACAACCAUAUGUAGAUAGUGACGCUAUCUCUACCUGUAUGUGUUAAAAAUCGGUAGCGGACAAAACAGACAAAAUUUGUCUGAAUUGUGGAAAAAAUAUGGGAACAAUUGCACCUUCUUGUGGUCUAGUAUGUGGUGUAGGGUAUACUGGAUGGUUGAAUUUCGCUACUGCAGCUGAUACUACAUCUCUUGUUGCUACUAACGAUAUUGUUGCUAUAAUAAUGGCCAUUAAAACUUGUGUUACUAGUAUAACGUUUUAUCUUUUUGGUGUGGCAAUUGUUGCUAUAACUGUUAUGGUGAUAUUUUUAUAUGUUUGGAUACAUAAAAAAAGAAAAAAUUUUUGGAAAUAUCAAUACAAGAACCAUUUAUGGACAUAA